GAAGAAGAAGACUGGGCGUUCGCUCCUUGUUGGAUUCUUUCACUGUUCAGUGGUUGCAUUACAUCAAGUUAGCUAAACCAACGAUUGAGUUUAAGUAAUUGCGUCGUUAACUAACAGCGGAGCUGCACUUCUGCACACCUUUGAGCAGCAGGAUGAUGCAGGCAGGAGUCUGUCUGAGACCGGACACUGAGACAACACUACCAGAGCUCACUGAGCAGCACAGGAUCAGACUGAAGGAAGAGGAACUCAGUGGACUGGAGACAGAGACAGAGUGUGCUGCACCAGGACUCAACACACUGGAGCCAGAGUGUGUUACAGCACACAGCGGGGUCAGUGAUGGACACCACACACACACAUCAGUGAUAAAAACAGAAGCUGAUCUGGGCUCCACCCACACUGGGGAUCUUAUUAAGACGGAGAGCCCUGAAAGGACAGAGCUGGGAUAUGUGACCCAUCUGCAUCCUGACCAAAUCAAAACAGAGGCUGAAGAUGGAGGAUACCUUCAGGCAGAACACAUCAGUGACCUGCAUGUUAUUGAAUGUGUUGAUGAAGUGAAGUGUGAAUCCAGUGAAGGUUUAGUGAGUGAUCUCAUGAACACUGUGAUGGAUGGAGCUGGUGUUGACCACAAUGACCAGACUGAACCACGGUGCUGUGCAGGAGAGACAAACCCAAACUGUAAGAAAGAAGAAAUUCGUGAUCUGCCGACCCAGUGUGAGGGCCUACUACAUACCUGUGACGUAAACAAUGAAUAUAAUCAGAACAGCAUUGUCCAGAGAGGUACAAGCAGUAGCAAAAACCAUAUUCAGUGUCAGAGAAGGAAUGUGAGAAUUUUACCCAAGUUAGGUGAUUCAAGUAAAAAUCCAGGGUUUUUUAAUUUAACUCAAAACAAGACAAUUCCUCGUAACAAGGGGGAAAAUCAAACCCCUGAAAAGCCUUACCAGUGUACACAGUGUGGGAGGUGCUUUUCCCAAAUGUGCCAUCUAAAUAGGCACCAAAGAAUUCAUACAGGCGAAAGGCCCUACAAAUGUCCUCAGUGUGGGAAGUGUUUUGCCCAAUCAAGUGCUUUAAAUUGCCACAAGAUGAUUCAUACAGGUGAAAAGCCAUACAAGUGUACAGUGUGUGAGAAGUGUUUCAAUACAAAUACUGCUUUAAAUAUACACCUGAGAAUUCAUACAGGUGAAAAGCCGUACAAGUGUACACAGUGCGAGAAGUGUUUUAGUACACAUUCCACUUUAAAUAUACACCAGAGAAUUCAUACAGGUGAAAAGCCCUACUGCUGUCCACAGUGUGGGAAGUGCUUUUCCACAAUAUCACAUUUAAAUAGCCACCAUAGAAUGCAUACUGGUGAAAAGCCCUACAAAUGCAUUGAGUGUGGGAAGUGUUUUAGUUCAAAUUCUGCUUUAAAUGUACACUUGAGAAUUCAUACAGGUGAAAAGCCCUAUAAUUGCACACAGUGUGGGAAGUGCUUUUCACAUAUAAGUGCUUUAAAUUGCCACAAGAUGGUUCAUACGGGUGAAAAGCCCUACAAAUGUCUGCAGUGUGGGAAGUGCUUUUCCAAAACAUCUCAUUUAAGUUGCCACCAGAGAAUUCAUACAGGUGAAAAGCCAUACAAAUGUAUCGAAUGUGGGAAGUGUUUUGGUACAAAUUCUUCCUUAAAAAUACACAUGAGAAUUCAUGCAGGUGAAAUGCCAUACACCGGUUCAGUGUGACCAGUGUUUUAGUACACAUCUUAUCCAGCUGAGAAUUCAUACUGGUGAGAGGCUGGUCGAGUGCACACAGGGCUAUAAGCUUUUUAAAAAAAGGACUGUUCUACUUUAAACUGAGAACUUAAACAGGGGAAAAGCUGUACAAAUGUCCACAGUCUGGGAGGUAUUUUGAGACGGUCAGUGUAGACGGCACAAUUCCAUUCCUCUAAAUUGCCAGAAGAUGAUUCGAACAAGUGAAAAGCCACUCAAUUGUCCUCCAUCUACACAAAAGUGGGUUGUGUGUACCCCGAGAUCUCAUUUAGUGCCACUGUUGUUCGGCCUGUUGACAAGCACCCCCUGCCUAGCGUCAUCUGCAACUAGCUCGGCACAUUGGACAACAGCAUCUAUCUGUCAUAACGACAUUCUUUCACCGCCAUUUCCAUCCCAGCAACAGGAUAAAGUAAAGCGGAAUCCACACGUAGCCUGAAGGUGUGUCAGCACAGUGGUGAAAAAUCUUACUCAAUCCAGCACCAUCCAAUCUGCAACUGAAUAUGAAAUCUUCCCAUUGGUUCUAUGUGUAGAGAUGUCCCUUUCAAGGAUCAGUCAUCCUUUAUCGUCUUGGAACAAUCCAUUUGAGAAGUGAACCUGCAAAUUCAUGCCAUUCUCUUCAAUUUCAGUGCAAUGAAUUUUGUAUAGAUUAAAUCAGCGUGACAUCACAACAGCAAAUAACUUGCUUCCGGGUGGAUAGCGGCUCUGGCUCUGGCUCUGCUGCCUACUGAUGUUGAGGAAUAUGAACGGCAGGCAGUGUUUUCUGUGUCAUUUAACCAUGUCAAUGUGGGCGGCCCAUAGCGUAGUGGUUAAGGUGAAUGACUGGGACACACAAGGUGGUGCUAAUCCCGGGGUAGCCACAAUAAGAUCCGCACAGCUGUUGGGCAAGGCCCUUCACCCUGCAUUGCUCCAGGGGAGGGUUGUCUCCUGCUCAGUCCAAACAAUUGUACGUCACUCUGGAUAUCAAUAACAUGAAUAACCAGUGCAAACUGGCUAGCUAGAAUUAUUGGAAAUCGUAUUACUGUAACGUUACCACCAAAACUAGUUUGCUCGCUAACUAGUUUUACAACUGGCAAGGUCGGAUUUAACGUUUCAUGUUUUAUCAUCCCAGUGUUUCUCUGUACGGUUGCCGUUGAGCAUCUGGUGUUUAUUAGCUAACAUUAGCUGCCAACAACGUUUGAGAAGGACAUGAGCAAUGCAAUCAGUAGUUCUGGUUUUGUUUUUCCUCCCAUGUUUCUGACACUUUGAAACUUAUAUUGGGCGUCUCUGUGUCGCUGUCAUUGACUGCCAAGCAGCUGGGAAACCUGAGGCCGCCCUGUAAACGGACUGUAGGAUCUGGGUUAUCCUCCUUUUUAAGAAUCGGAAAAAGCCCAAUCCACGGUGUGCCCGAUUACAUUUGGCAUUACAGUCCAAAACGCAACACGAUUUCGGCAUCUACUAGCUAACUGCUUCUACACAGCUCUGGUUCCUUCGAUUUUUAAGUUACAUUACUUCGUUCCGCGGCUGAGUGGCCACCUGGAAGUAUCUUAGCGACCUUUGUUCAGAAACAUUCAGAUUUAAUCUAUUGCACUUUUUAUAGAAGACUGUCACAAAGACACUUUACAGAAGUUGCAGAAGGGCAAACACCAAGCCUGAACCCCCAAAUUGAAAGCACUUAAGAUAAAAAAAAAUGCUCUGCUGGCUGGCAGGGUGAGUCUGAAGGCAUGAAUUCUGGGUACAUACCAAUGCGAACAGGGCGAAGAUGUACGCAUAACCUCUUGUAAUACUUAAAUUAUUUAUUUUGUGUCAUAGUUUUGAUUUUGUUAUAUCUGCAUUGGCUGUAAUGUACAACUGCUAGCCUUUGCUAAUAAUGCUAGUUUGUAUUGGGGGGGGUACCAGCAGGUGUUGGUACAGGAGCACUGUAGCAUACCCAGGGCAGCAGUAGUGAGCAUCCUGGCUCAUAAUGGCAUGCUUUGUUACAAUGUAUGGCACUCACAAUUAAAUUGAGCAUGAAAAUCCUCUUGCAACAAAGAAUUGCAUACUUUAGUGUACAGAAAACUGCUGCCAAAGCACUCCAACCGUAUAGCCAGAAAGUGGACUCGUAUGAAAGUUGACUGGUGGUCAUGGUAGAAUGCAACCUUUAUUUUUUUUUGUUUUUGUUUUAAUAAAGCAACCUGCUUCAUAUCAGCUUUGAAAUUCAUGGUUGCGAUCUUGGAGCAUAAUUCGUGUUCUAUAGAUGACAUCAAUUAUUAUAAUUUUUUUUUGUAGUGCAAUUUACUUUUUCCUUCUGUUAAUCCUUUGUGGUCAUAUUUUUAAAAACAGCACAACGACUGGGAUGGAAUUUUACUUUUAGAACUGUGCUCUUUAAAACAUGUAAUUUUCAUUCAUUGUUAAUGUAAAAUAUAAUUCCUUUUUGAAGGGUGAUAUUUUGUGAUGAAAUUGUUUAGAAAAAGGAACGAUGUGAAUUAUUUUGAUGUAAUGUAGAAAGAAACACUGUUUAUUGCAAACUUGUAUUAUGAAAAUGAACUUUAGAGAAUGGGCCUUUUCAGUUAUUGUAGAGGCCUUAAUGAGCAUGUCCGCUAAAGCUGAUCAUUCAACCUCAGACAGUAUGUUUAAUCAGGUAUACAGUUCAGGAUCUUUGUCUUACUCUAUUUUUCAAUGUGUUCAAGAAUUGUGUAUGAAAUACAGUUCACUUUGUCAUUGCUU